AAACCCACCUGUUUGAGUAAUGUGUUUUAUAGUCCAUUCCUGCAAUACUGCAUAUGAAAAUGUGAUAGCAGUGUAGUGCCUUGGUUAGUGUGUGAAACGGUGGUUUGUCCAGUCAUCAACCAGGUUAAAUUGUUUGCUGCUGGAUGUGUGUAAAAAGUAAAUGAACUGUCGGCUAUCUGUGAUAAAACGGCUGGUGUGACAUCUUGGCUGACAAAAUCGCUGUCCAGUUAGCACGUGUGAUGUAUUAGUUGCUCUUUGCCGUUAGAGUGUCAGCACAGGGAGUGUAGAUUGUAGAUUUUCUCAUCAGUGAGACUGUAGAUUCAUCCACAGAGUUAUCAGUCAGUAUGGCCCUGGUUCCAUACGAGGAGAAUUUAGUGCCUGCGCUCUCUAAACUACACAACACAUCCGCCGAGUUUUAUUUCGCCAACCACCGACUGCGACUAACUCAGGACUGGAACCGACUGGGGGUGGCUGCUGUGGUGUGGGAUGCAGCUGUGGUGUUGUGCAUGUACCUCGAGCUGGGUCACAUUGACUUGAAAGGAAAGACUGCAGUUGAGCUGGGUGCAGGAACAGGACUCGUAGGGAUUGUGGCUGCCCUCCUGGGUGAGAAUUUAUCGAAUGUGACAGUCACUGACCGCAAGCCCGCUUUGGAGUUUCUGACUGAAAAUGUACGAAGCAACAUUCCGCCUGACCAGCAGAGGGCAGUGCAAGUGUCUGAACUGUCCUGGGGGGAGGACCUGGAACGCUAUCCGUCUGGUGGCUUUGACCUCAUCCUGGGGGCAGAUAUUGUGUAUUUGGAAGAGACAUUCUCUGCCCUGCUGCGUACCUUGGAGUACCUCAGCUCGGACAGCACGGUGGUUCUGCUGUCUUGUCGAAUUCGUUAUGAACGAGAUGAACAGUUUCUGAGCCUGCUGAAGAAGACGUUCAGAGUGCAAGAAGUUCACUAUGACUCACAGAGGGAUGUACACAUCUAUACAGCUGUGAAGGGUCAAACCAGGACAGACCUGUGACUAUUAGACAGCUAUUUGACUGAGACCUUGACCUCAGAGCACAUAGCCCUACAAGGCAGAAAUGAUAGAGAUUAGCAGAGAAAAGCCAAAGACUACUGGGGGGAAAAAGGGUGUGGCAUUUAAGUUCAUUAGGUGAUCCAAAGCGCAUGUCGUGAUUGGAUGAUAAAAGGAACCAUGGGCGGGGCUAACAGAAAUAAGUGAAAUUCACCUUAAUGUCAAAUGAAAAAGCAAGAAAUUUUCCGAAGAAUCUUGAGUUUAUUCUGCCUCAGAGAGAAAUAGUAACUUCUGACUUCUUGUGAACAUAUCAUGUGAACGCAAAUGGGGAAAAAAGAAGCUAGCGCAGAAGAGAGCUGCUUUCAGAGAAGGGACGCGCCAGCAGGACUGCGUGACUCCUAGAGCCAGGACUAGUUCAGUUUAGCUGACAUUAUGUGUACCUGUGUAACGU